AUGAUAUUCUUGACAGGGGUGUCCAGCCUUCCCUCACCGAGUAACUCCGAAACGUUUCCCGAUUCGAGUGAGGAUGCUGAUGGCCUUGAAAGCAAGGAUGAUGCUGUAAAGGUUGACGAGCAAUAUUCCCAUGGCAAUGAAGACAUUGCAAAUGUUGAAGACAUUGCAAAUGUUGAAGACAACAGACUGGCUAUGAUGCAUGCAGGCAAACGGUCGACUUCGAACACAGCUCCCACCUCAGUAGAGUGCUGCGGAAACUCAGAGUAUGGUCUCCUCAUCUACCGUUUCGAAGCUACUCCUAUGAACCGCGAAGAUGCUAUCAAGAACUGCCAGCGCAACGGCGGAGAACUGGCAGCGCCACUCAACAUGAAGGAAUUCAUUGUCCUAGAGAACUUCGUUCGUCCCCUGCUUCAAUUGCAUCCUGCCCAUAUUGGAUACAAUGAUGUUGAGGAGGAGGGUGAGUUUGUCGACAACAACGGACAGCCAGCGGCGAUCAACAAUUUCUUUCCCCGUGAACCAAACAACGCAGGAAACGAAGACUGUCUGGAUAUACAUGCGGAUGGAAGAUUUAACGACAUUAGAUGCUCUGGUAAACGCACAUCUAUCUGUGAAUUCAGAAUUCAUGGCUAUUAA